UAUGAACCAAUGUAUGAGGAAAAGCAUAAACCAAUACAUGAGGAAGAGCAUGAACCAAUGUAUGAGAAAGCGUAUGAACCAGAGUUACAAUUAGAUGAAUCUGAAGUUAGUGAAUCAUCGCAAGUACAAAAGUCAAAUAGCAGUAAUUCUAUACAUACCAGAUCUUUUGUAUGGAAAUACUUUAAAAAAAAAAGAAGAAAACCAGCAAUUUUUGAGAUUUGUAAUCAGAAGUUAGCAUACCAGUAUGGAAUGACAUCAAAUCUUAAAAGUCAUCUUAAUUCUCACAAGACCAAAGUACCUAAAUUAAAGAAAUUGAAUGUAAAAGAAGACAUCUCAGUUGUAGAUAUGUUAAAUAAUAAAUCAGGU